AUGGCACUCGUCGUGCUCGUAAGACUAGCUCUGUGGCUUCUGGGCUCCUGCCUGGAGCUUGCCGCCCUAGUGCUCUUCCGGGGCCUCGCCCUCCUCGCCGUCGCCGCCGUCGACCUGGUCAGGCUGCCGGGGCAGGCGGCAGACGCGGCGCUCAACGCGACCAAGGGCGUGCUCGAAGCGGCGGUCGAGUUCGUCUUCGGCCUAGUUUGGGACGUGGCGGUGGCCGUCGUCUCGGCGUUUCUCGAGUCGCUCUGGAGCGCGGUGGCCGGCACGGUGGAGUUCGCCGCGUCUACGGUUGUGGAGCUCAUGGAGGCAGCACGGGACGGCAGCGAGGAGGCGGCCAAAGCGCUGACGGAGGCGCUGGAGGGCGCGGCGGAUGCGGUGGCCGGCACGCUGGUGAAGCUCGCGGAGAACUACACGGAUGCUCUUGUGCACCUCUUGCAAAACCUCGUCUGA